GCUUUACAUUCCCCUCUCCGCCUGGCUCGCUUCACUGAAUCAUACUUCCCAUCAAAGUCUUCAAGUUCAAGGCCAAAACAGAGGUGGGCAAUUCCUCAUUUGAGCUCUCAUGGAGCCUCCCAAGAAAUCAAAGAAAAGCAAGAAAGUUAGGAAAUUGAAGAAAAACUUAAGUUUGGUUCCAGUCGAGCCUAAAGCCGCAGAUUCUGACUGGUGGGAUAGUUUCUUCAACCCAAGAUAGGAAAGCUGAAGAAGGGGCUUAAUCCAAUGUCCUUUGGAGACCUUCUGUUUGUGUCUCCUUAUCUGACAACAGCUUUCAAAACUGGAGUCAUAGCUCUCGCCGAAGGAAUAGCAGUAGGGAGAAGCUUUUCCAUAUUCAAGAAUUACCACAUUGAUGGGAACAAAGAAAUAAUUGCCAUUGGGAUGAUGAACAUUGCUGGUUCUUGCACUUCUUGCUACCUCACCACAGGGCCAUUUCCCACGUCAGCAGUUAACUACAAUGCAGGAUGCAAGACGUCAAAUGUUGUCAUGGCAAUUGCGGUUAUGUUCACAUUGUUGUUCCUCACUCCUCUGUUCCAUUACACUCCCCUGGUUGUGCUGUCUGCUAUUAUAAUAGCCGCCAUGCUCGGCCUCAUAGAUUAUGAAGCCGCAAUUCACCUCUGGAAGGUUGACACGUUUGACUUGUUGUCUGCAUGAGUGCCUGUAUCUGUGAUCAGGAUACUUUUGUUUGUGGCAAGGCCAAGGACUUUUGUUCAAGGAAACCUUCCGAAUUCCAUGGUUUACAGAAAUGUUGAGCAGUAUCCCAAUGCAAGCAAUGUUCCUGGAAUUCUCAUACUUGAGAUUGAUGCUCCCAUUUACUUUGCAAAUACCAACUCCUUAAGAGAAAGGAUUACAAGGUGGAUAAAUGAUGAGGAAGAUAGGAUCAAAUCUGCAGGGGAAAGUAGCUUACAAUAUGUGAUAUUGGAUAUGACUGCUGUUGGUAACAUAGACACAAGUGGGAUAAGCAUGUUUGAAGAGGUCAAAAAGCUUGUUGACAGAAGGGGGCUCCAGCUUGUACUGGCAAACCCAGGAAGCGAGGUGAUGAAGAAGAUGAACAAGUCAGAGUUGAUUGAGAAAACAUGUCAAGGAUGGAUUUAUCUCACAGACUGUAGUGACAGAUUUGUACCUGUAGAGUUGGCUUUGUGGUCGACUGAUGCAGGGUUCAAGGUGACCCUCCCACUUCAUGAUCCAUUCACCAUUCCAUUUUUGAUUUUUUUUGAAAUUUAG